AUGGGUACUCCACAAAUGCAGAGGAGUGAGAGGCGGAAGUUAGAACAAAAAUCUGAGAACUUCUCCCAUGGUGUGAUGGUCACAACGGUAGAGUAUUCUGACAAAGCGAGAUGGUUGCAUGCUGUAGCUUCCUGGACAUGGGAUGCCCAAGAUGAAACAUGUGGGAUUUGCAGGAUGGCUUUUGAUGGUUGUUGUCCUAAUUGGAAACUUCCAGGGGAUGAUUGUCCACUAAUUUGGGGUGCAUGCAAUCACGCAUUCCAUCUUCACUGCAUCUUGAAAUGGGUGAAUUCGCAGACUCCUCAAGCACAUUGCCCCAUGUGUCGUAGGGAAUGGCAAUUUAAAGGAUGAUUUAAUUGGAGUUGUUUGAACUGUUAGUUUUCCAUUGUUUUCUCUGUAAUAUUUCAGAAGCUGAAUGUCUUUAUGCUGCAUUAAAAACAGGAACAUCUUUUUCGCUUGGUAAGAAGUGAAUACAACAUAUGAGGCAUUUGAGGUGAUCAUUCAAAAUUAGAGUAUUCUUUCCUAUACC